CGUGACGCGUUCCUCGCUUUAAUGGUGUGUGUACACACACACGCACACACACACACACGAGCGCAAGACGGACAUGAUGAGACGCGUUUGCACAGCGGAUCAGUCAACUGCAUUAAACCCUAACAGCUUUAUUUCUGUAUGAAAGGAGCAGACAAAAAGUGAGCAAGAUAGAGGCAUCAGUCACAUACUAUCAAAUGAAGAACCUUUUCCCAGCCCUCCAUCCUGUGUCAUAAAUACAGAAGAAAACAAAUAUUCUAAAAUAGCCUUUCACUUAACUUUGCCUGUCCUAAUCGCUUCCCACGUGCCCCCUCCUUUUCCUCUGUGACUGUUCCCUCUGGUGGUGUACAGUAGUCAGACCCUGUCAUGCUCAGGGCGUGACCCCUUGGGUUUCCUUCUCCUCCUCCAUCAUGAAGUUGAAGCAGCGUGUGGUGGUGCUGUGCGGUGUGCUGCUGCUGCUGGGCCUGGCCAAGCUCUUCCUGCUGGAUGGAGGCGAAGGCUCAGCCGCCAGCCGCCGUGACCUGCGUGCCUUCCGGAAGAUGGAGGCGAGCCUAGCUCUGGCCAAGAAUGCCCGCCUCACACACACGUUGCAGUCACCUUGGGAGGUGGCAGCACAGUGGGUGGGGCCACGUGAGGUCUACCCAGACGAGACACCUGAGCUGGCCGCUGUGCUCAGCGCCCUGGUCACCGCCCGUAUCCAGAGGGCUGACGUCGGCUACAAAGGCACUCAGCUGAAAGCACUUCUGGUGCUGGACGGAGGACAGAAGGUGGUGUUCAAGCCCAAGAGGUACAACAGAGAUUAUGUGGUUGAAGGAGAGCCCUAUGCAGGCUAUGACAGACAUAAUGCAGAGAUCGCUGCCUUUCACCUAGAUAGGAUCCUGGGCUUUAGGAGAGCACCUCUAGUGGUGGGGCGAUUUGUGAACCUGCGCACAGAGAUAAAGCCAGUUGCCACAGAGCAGCUAUUGAGCACCUUCCUCAUGCACGGGAAUAAUACCUGCUUCUAUGGGAAGUGUUACUACUGCCGGGAGAGUGAGCCUGCAUGUGCUGAGGGUGACAUAAUGGAGGGAUCAGUGACACUCUGGCUCCCUGACGUCUGGCCACUGCAGAAACACAGACAUCCAUGGGGGCGCACAUAUAGAGAGGGCAAACUCGCCAGGUGGGAGUAUGAUGAGAGUUACUGUGAAGCAGUGAAGAAGAUGCCUCCGUACGAUGCCGGGCCACGCCUCUUGGACGUGAUUGACACGUCUGUUUUUGAUUACCUAAUUGGCAACGCGGAUCGGCAUCACUAUGAGAGUUUCCAAGACGACGGCGGAGCCAGCAUGCUCAUUCUACUGGACAAUGCUAAAAGUUUUGGGAACCCAGCUUUAGAUGAAAGAAGCAUUCUGGCUCCUCUCUAUCAGUGCUGCAUGGUACGUGUGUCCACCUGGAAUCGAUUAAACCUGCUGAAGGGUGGAGCUCUGAGUUCAGCGAUGCGUCAGGCUAUGGCCCACGACCCUGCCUACCCAGUUCUGACUGAGCCUCACCUCGCUGCCCUCGACCGGCGUCUCAGCAGCAUCAUAGCCAGCAUACGCCAGUGCAUAGAGAUGCAGGGAGCAGAGAGCACACUUAUUGAAGACCGCAUGAACCUGCCUCAUCCCUAAACACAUCAGAGAGUGUGAGAGAGAGAGAGAAGGGGGGAGGGGGAGGGAGGGGGGUUGCUGCCUGUUGGUGCAGACUCAUACCAUUAGAGGCUCACUUCCUGCAUUUGCAGCAUUGCAAAGAGAACUUAAAAGCUCUGGGAAGUAACCUCAACCCAAGCAGGAAGUUGUCUCAUAACUCAUUAACAUUGAAGACCCUGUCUUCUCCACAAACCAAAAAUGAUAUUUCCUCAAACUUACACACACACUCUAAUCUAAUAUUUUUCUCUUCCAUAGUUCCUAAACAUGCAUCACACAUUAGGAGUACAUUCACCCACUCCCUUGCAACAUUCUUACUUGGCCUUGUAAUAUAUUUCUUUCUAUGAAUUUCUCUCUCUUGCUGGGUACCAAGUGGCCUGUAACGUUGAACAUGCCUGGGCCUGUUUGGGAUCAGGGACCUUCCACAGCAGCUUUGGGGGGGUGUUCACAGGCCUGGGCUGCCCCGUACUGUGUGUCAAGGGCAGCACCAGUGAAAUUUUGUCACUAACCUCACAAAGCAUUAACAGACUAUCCGGGGAGAGCCUGUCUACAAACAGAUUGUACAUAAGCAACUAUUUAAAGACGAUCUUGAUAAACAAAUUAAUGGUUUUAAUGUUUUAAAAGAUGAUGAUAUUGAGAGUAACUAUGCAGGUUUGCCUGCUUUAAAAUGUACAGUAUGAUUUCUGGACAUAAACGGGUAGUGGGUGGAAGAAGCUGCUACUGAAGCUCAAAAAUAAGACGGGGAGAAUGAUCGAAUGGAACGCGACGAGAGUGAUCUUGACAUUUAUCCACAAAGCAACACUGUGGCUUCAGGUUUUCAUCCAAGGCAAAUAGGAGACCUAACAGUGAUUUAAAGACCAAGAGCAUCUAAUUAAACAAUGUGAAUCUGGUGUCACUCCUUGUUUGGACUGAAAGGCUAGGGCUAGAUCAACCAUUUCCUGAUAAGAUUGAGGGUCCCUGCUGUGUGAAGAUCUUUUGAACAUUAAAUCGAAUUAAAAUUC